AUGGCUGAAUCACACAGAUUAUACGUUAAAGGUAAGCACUUGUCAUACCAACGUUCUAAACAUGUUAACAACCCAAACGUUUCUUUAAUCCAAAUUGAAAACGUCGGUACUCCACAAGAUGCUAAGUUCUACUUAGGUAAGCGUAUUGCCUACGUCUACCGUGCAUCUAAAGAAAUCAGAGGUUCUAAGAUCAGAGUUAUCUGGGGUAAGGUCACCAGAACUCACGGUUCCAACGGUGUUGUCAGAGCUAACUUCAAGAAGAACUUACCAGCUAAAACUUUCGGUGCCUCAGUCAGAAUCAUGUUGUACCCAUCUAACAUCUAA